GACAAAGACCCAUGAAUUGGUACACCUCCUCCCCCUAUUGAAGGGGUAAGAGGUGGUUUGCGUUAAGGGUUAGUUUUGGUCGGAAAGGAUCGAGGGGGCAAAGGCGCGCGAAGGAGGGCGUCGAUUGGUCGGACCAGAGGAUGCGUGGUCCGCUCUAACCCGGCCACAUCCAGUCUGCCGCCGACUGCAUAGUGGCGUGGUUCGUUAUUUUUCUUCAGUUGAUUUUGGUUCUCGUGCGACGGCGACCGCUGUCAAACGAAUGUCGUGAUCGUGCGUACGUUAUUAUAUCGGGCAUAGACAUGACAUAACACGUAAUUUUGGAUGGACACUUCUGUGCAUACAGUGCCGGUACACAGUCAGAGGAGGCGAGGUGUUGCGAUAUGCCGGUGCUGGGACCAGCCUGACUCUUUGCUCCUCUCUGGAACAUCGCGGCUCUCCUUCGACCAGGGUCAUCCACCCUGUGCUCCAGCCGCUUCGCGUGUCCGCUUUUAUCCUGGACAUCAACAACCCUCCUGUUAGUGAAAGUUGGCUGAUCGAUCGGUUGCGGCUCGUUAUUCGUGAAACAGGAAGCGGAAGCGUGGAUAAGGAAACUGAUGAAUAUCAAAAGGUUGAAAAUAAUGGGGAGGGAUGAAGUAACGUCGGUGUGACGUUGAGAGGCUCGAAGAAGGGCUGGAAAGCCAGACGCCUGGUAUAAAGGAAACAUUUAAUUGGGAGAGAACGAAGGGCUGCACCAGGAAUGGCUACGCCGCCGGACUCGCCGGGACCGGAAGAGGCACUUUUCGACUUCGAGAGCUCGAGAACAAGGCAACAGACCACCCGGCCCGUCGCCCUCGAGGAACUUCUUCGGCAGACCAAGUUCUCCAGACAGGAAAUACGAGUGAUGUACCGUGGCUUCAAGCAGGAGUGUCCGGAGGGUGUAGUGCACGAGGACUCGUUCAAGGAUAUCUAUGCGAAAUUCUUCCCCCAUGGCAACUCCAGCCUCUACGCCCAUUACGUGUUCAAGGCCUUUGAUGUUAAUUGCAACGGUGCCAUCAGCUUCAGGGAUCUCCUGGUCACCUUAUCCACAUUGUUACGAGGUAGCAUCUACGAGAAGCUACGAUGGACGUUCAAGCUGUACGACAUAAACGGCGAUGGGUGCAUUACCAGGGGUGAGCUAGGGGAGGUGGUGACUGCCGUUCACGAGCUUAUGGGUCGACGACAUCAUGCCGAGGAAGAGAGAAAAGCGAGGGAGCAGUUGGAUAGGGUGUUCAAGAAGCUCGAUCUAAACCAGGAUGGUGUAAUAACGAUCGAGGAGUUUAUUGAAAGCUGCUUGAAGGAUGAUGUAAUCACACGGUCGCUGGCGAUGUUCGAUUGCGCGCUUUGAUCUCCGGCUAAGGAAGAGCCACCGGCAGUGACCACGACGCCGCCAACACCGCUCUCCACCACGACAACCUUUUCACAGUCCCAGUCACCGUCACCACCGCCACCAUCUUACUCUCUGCUGCCACCGAUUCCACCACCUUUGCCUUCUCAACCACCUCCAGGUUAUACGGUACAGGAUCAGGAGCUGUACAUGCUUCUAGCCGCACAUUGGUGGAACCAACCGGAAGCUCCGCUAUUUUGCUAAGGGAUGUAAGGAUAGACUUUGAUUCCCAAGAAGCGAGAGGCCAGUACUUCUAAACGACAGGAAGGAAAACUGAACGAGGGAAAGAACGACGAAGUUUGUGAAAAAUCUUGCGGGUUCAAGAGUUCAAUUAACGCGUUUGUUCGUCGUCGAGAGACGAACGAGCUUGCUGGUAUAUUUCUUCUUGCAGAAGAACUAUUUUACGUCACUUAAGUGAAUUUAAUUAAGCGUCCAGACUGCACAACGGAGUACGCCGUUCCUUGGAGGGAAAAGGAAAUGGUAUGUCAAUUGUGAAAUCGACAAAAGAAAGGAAAACUAAGGUAUACAAAAUUGUAACAUUAAAUUAAUGAACCGUUCGAUUGAUUGGAAGGAAACGAUAAAAGAAGCAGGUUGAAUCCUUAGAAUCCGUUUGGGAAUACAGAGAACAACGGACGAUGAAGAAACUAUUUAAUAUUCGAAGAAGGAAACGUUGGUAACGUUGAAAAUCGAUAUAUAUAUAUAACAGAGAA